UUGACCUGAAUUACUGUCAAACUGAUUAUUUCUGAUUCACCAGCCUUAGAGGAGUAAAUUUAUUGAUUUGGAGUUGUAAUACAAUACUAUUGACUAAGUGGAUGUUUGUUGUGUUUCACGCUUCAGUCUAAUGGUUAGCCAGGGUUGAUGCAAGUUACAGCAAUGAUCAAAAGAAGCUCAUGCAUAGGAUUUAUUGAACAGCAGUAUACAGGAUAUGAAGUUAAAAUGGAAAAUUAUAGUUUUGUUCAAUAUUUUCUUCAUCUUUUUUGUUUCAUUUAAAAUCUUACAACCUGAAGAUGAAGAUGUAUGGGGAGAUAACCCAUUACCUUCUUCAGCGUCUAGGGAAGGGAGACAACUGGUGAAGAUUUUGGAGGAGAAAUACAUGUUAAGAUCAGAAUAUUGUCAAGCUGAUGAUGAUCCAUGGAAGAUUGCAGCUGAUUGGGUUAAACCUAGAGAGAUUAUUCCUGAAAAUGCUCCAAAACUAGGUUGUGUAUUGCAUUCCUUGAAAAGUGGGAAGAUUUUAUCUGCAGAUGUUGGUUAUAAAGGUACACAACUUAAGUUAACAUUGCAGUUAGAAGGUGGACAGAGAGUAAUAUUUAAACCAAAAUGGUUUGAAAGAGAUUUUGUUCAAGAAACUAUAAUUUCUGGUGGAGAUAGACAUAAUGGGGAAAUAGCUACAUUCCAUCUUGGCAGGCUCCUUGAACUGAGAAGAACACCUAUAGCAGUUGGCAGAAAAAUCAAUUUGAAAACUGAAAUCAUUCCAGUAGCUUCUGAUAGAUUACUAAAGACAUUCUUUACAAAAGGUAGAAAUCAGUGUUUUUAUGGUAAAUGUUUGUAUUGUAAAGAUGAAUCCACUGGAGUAUGUGCUGAUGGAGAUAUUUUAGAGGGUGUCGUUAUACUGUGGCUGCCAAAUAGAUAUCCACUGAAAGUGUAUCGUAGCCCUUGGCUUAGAUCUUAUAAACCUGGAGUGACUAAAAGGUGGCAGAGUGACAAGGAUUUUUGUAAGGAUGUGAUAAUGAAAGAGCCGUAUAAUUCUGGAUCAAUGUUAAUGGACCUAGUAGAUGCUACUAUAGUAGACUAUUUAAUAGGCAAUGCAGACAGACAUCAUUAUGAAACAUUGGGGACACAAAGCGAUAGUAUGGUGCUCAUUUUGGACAAUGGAAAGAGUUUUGGAAAUCCAGACUAUGAUGAAUACACUAUACUGGCCCCACUUUAUCAGUGCUGCAAAAUUCGAGAAUCCACAUGGCAGACAUUGCUUAUGCUUCGUAAUACUGUACUCAGCCAGACAUUACAGACACUGUUAAGUCAGGAUUCUCUAGAACCUGUUCUUCAUGACAAAUACUACGCAGCUUUAGACAGAAGACUAGAGAGAAUCUUACUGGAGGUCAAUGAAUGUAUUGUCGCUAAAGGCUUACAGCAAGUAAUAACAGAUACCAGUACACAUUCAUAGCAUGCAAUGAUAUCCAGUGAUCAAACAGUCAAGGCAGCAUUAUAUGACAUGACUUUAUAACAUGUUAAACAAUCUCUGAUGUCAAAGAGUCUUCCAAUCCUUCAAAAUGUAGGGCUUUCAGUGUUUAAGAUCAAAAUCAAUGUAUACAAUCAAAUGUGCAAUUAUUUCAUAUUUUUUAUCAUUAGACAAAACCAAACUACACAAUUGAAAUGAUGGGGUGGUUCUCCUACAGUCUCACAGUUCUUUAGGUUUAAAAUGAUAUAAUUCUUUAUUUAAGAAAAUGCCAUAUUUCAGGCAAAUCUUUCUUACUCUAAAAUUAGGAUAUUCCACAAUUUUCUAGAUAAGGAAAUUCCUGUACCAAAAUAAAACUUCAUGGAAAGUUUAAAUGAGAACAUUUUUUUUUAUUUUAUUUUUUUUUUGCCCAAAAUUGCUUACCUUAUCCACAAUUUAACUGGUUUUUUUAUUCUAAAUAUUUUGUAUUGUCUUUGAGUGUACUUUCUGUAAUUUUGUCUCCCUUAAAUCCUUACAAAUAAUAUGU